AUUUGGCACCUGAAUCUGAACUGGUGAGGUUGGAGUGUAUCGAUGAACUGGAUGCCAGACAGUGUGAAAAUGUCCAAGAGGAUGUACCGGAUUACAGCAGACAAGCAAAUGCUGCUACAGAGGCCAGAGUCAUGAGAGAGCCCCCUACAAUCGAUCCCACACGGUUACGACAAAUGUAUCAGAGUCUGAACCAGAAACAGGCAUGUGUGUUCUAUGCAGUAAGAGACUGGUGCAUAAAACGAGUCUGUGGACCACAACCAGAGCAGUUUUUCUACUACAUCAAUGGUGGUGCUGGCACUGGAAAGUCACAUCUCAUUAAAUGCAUUCAUUCAGAAGCAUCAAAGAUUCUGAGAACACUACCUAGACGUGCUGAAGAAGCUGACAUCUCAAACCCGACUGUGCUGUUGACUGCUUUCACUGGAACUGCAGCCUUCAACAUCUCUGGAACAACACUGCACUCUCUCCUCAAGCUGCCCAGAAGUUUGAAACCUCCUUUUCAAGGUCUUGGGAACCAACUUGAUGAAAUCAGGUGUGAGCUUUUAAAUGCUGAAAUCAUCAUCAUUGAUGAAAUCUCCAUGGUGUCGAAGCCACUGUUUGCCUAUGUGGAUAUGAGACUGAAACAGAUUAAAGGCAGCCACAGACCCUUUGGAGGAAUGUCAGUCAUUGCUGUGGGAGACUUUUACCAGCUACCGCCUGUGCGACAGUCCAAACCACUCUGUGUCUAUGAUCCAAGUGAACUUGACCUCUGGAGAGACAACUUCCAGGUGAUCACUUUAGAUGAGAUCAUGCGACAGAAGGAUGACAAAACUUUUGCCGAGAUGCUGAACAGACUCCGUGUGAAAACAAGGUCAGAUGAGCUUUCUGAAGCUGACAGAGCUCUGCUGUCACAGCGUGUCACUGAACCACAACUGUGUCCCUCCGAUGUCCUGCACAUUUUUGCUACAAACAAACAAGUCGCAGCACACAACUCUGCUACACUAUCUCUGCUCCAUUCUGAUAUCACCACCAUUGAUGCAGAUGACUUUAAAAAGGACCCACACACUGGACACAUGAAAAGACAAGGUGCACCAUGUCAUGGAAGCAGAAAUGAUCUACCAGACACCCUAGAUGUUGCAGUAGGUGCUAGAGUCAUGCUUACCAGAAACAUAGAUGUGUCUCAAGGAUUGGUGAACGGAUCAUUUGCUACAGUAGGCCGUCUCAUAAGCUCUGAAAACAACGGUUCUGCUCUUGUCACUAUGCUUGGUCUCAGGAUGGAUGAUGAAACAGCCGGCAGGAGCUAUCGUACUAGAGGAGACAAUCUUGUGUACAUCGAGAGAUCUGAGGAGGCUCUGCAACAGAAAGGAGUGGUACGCAGACAAUUUCCUGUGAAACUUGCCUUUGCAUGCACGAUACACAAGGUUCAAGGUAUGACCAGAAAAUCAACUGUUGUCUCUCUGAAGCACAUUUUUGAGCCCGGCAUGGCCUACGUAGCUAUCAGUCGAGUGACCUCUCUCAGCGGACUGCACAUGCUUGAUUUGGAUGAGAGUAAAAUUCAUGCUAACCCUGCAGUCACUGUAUCUUUGGAGACCAUGACGCAAGCUAACUUUGAUCACCUCAUGCCUUUUCUCCAGAUCCAGCAUUCUCUCAGCAGACAGGACACUGUGAGCAUCAUUCAUCACAACACCGAAGGAUUACCUGCUCAUGUGAAUGACAUCAAAAGCCAUCAUGAACUGUGUCUUGCAGAUGUUUUGUGUCUGACAGAAACUCACCUACAGGGCUCCUUUGUGGCAGACAGUCUCCAGUUUGAGGGCUACACCAUGUUCAAACGCAACAGACAUUUGUCCUACACUAACUUUCCACAGAUGGCCAGUAAAGGAGGUGGUGGAGUCGCUGUUUAUGUGAAAAACCAUUUGCAGGUUGUGGAGAAGCAGUACCUGAAUAAUGUGACUGACCUUGAGUUUGUGGCUUUGAAGGUUGAAUCUCCUGUAAGUGCUCUGAUUGCAGCUGUGUACAGACCUCCAGACUACAGUGUGCCAUCAUUCCUGUCCAAUCUGGGAAGCCUUCUGGACUCACUUGAGAUCAUGGACUGUCAUCCUAUCAUUGUCUGUGGCGACUUCAAUGAGAAUCUCUUUUCUAAUGCAAGUAAGCCAAUUUUGGAUUUCUUUCAGUCCAAGGGAUAUGGUCAACUGAUCACUGCUGCUACAACGGACAAGAACACACUGCUGGACCUGAUUUUCAUCUCAAGACCUCGGCUAUGUCUCUCCUCAGGUAUCGUGCAGACAUACUACAGUUACCACAAUGCCACUUACUGUGUUAUUUCAUCCAACAGGUCAUAGAAGAAACUGCUCUGAAGGGAAAGACAAACUACAAAAGCUGUGGCUAAUGUUAUGCUCAUAUUUUCAGUACAGAUUUAAAUGUGUUUGGUCAUUGUAAAUUUUACUCGUGCAAAAAAUAUUUU